CGCACAUCACCGCCUCCUCCUCCUCCUCCUCCUCCUCCUCCUCCUCCUCCCAGCCCGCCCGCCCGCCUGCAGGGUGGACCCGGUCCGUGUUGGUUCUGCUCUGGUUACCGGUCUGAACAUGGGGAUUUAACGGGACUUCUGAGUGUGAGAGCCCGGGGAGAGAAUAGGACGAAAAAGAAGAAGAAGAAGCGCAUAAAGUCCUAUCCGAGAGAGAGGAGAGAGAGAGGCGGAGGAGGGGGAUUCCGAGGAAACGGUCCCGCCGGGACAGGGGGGGGGACGCAGUGGAUGUUUUUGUGUUAGUUUGGAAAACACGCUCAACAUGCAGGUUUGGAUGCUUUUUUGGUGAAACAGAAAGUGCUUUGGAAGCUGCGGAGGACCAUCGGAUGGGAGUCUUCAUGUUUGCGAUGGAGUGACAGAGGGCGCACGGAACUUCAGCCUCGCCAUGAAAUCAGUGUUUUUCAGCCGUUUCUUCAUCCUACUGCCCUGGGUCCUUAUUGUCAUCAUCAUGAUUGAUAUCGACAGUAAAAGGACGAUCCGGGCUCCGGCGGCCGCUCGGACCGGCAGGGCGCAGCGGGCAGCCCGAACUGUCGGCGGCGGUGGCGGAGGCGCACCGGCACCGGGAGUCGGAGUCGCCCAGAACCAGAGCGCACUGCCGGUGAUCUACGCCAUCACACCGACUUACACCCGUCCGGUCCAGAAGGCGGAGCUGACCCGGCUGGCCCACGCCUUCCGCCAGGUGCCCCACUUCCACUGGAUCGUAGUGGAGGACUCGACGACGCGCACGGACCUGGUGGCGCGUUUCCUGGCGCGGUGCGGUGUGCCAUAUACGCACCUCCAUGUGUUCACACCCAGAAGGUUUAAGCGCGCCGGGAUGCCACGCGCCACCGAGCAGAGGAAUGUGGCUCUCACGUGGCUCAGGCAGCACCGGAGCAAACGGGACACCGGAGUGGUUUUCUUCGCGGAUGACGACAACACGUACAGUCUGGAGCUGUUUGAGGAGAUGCGUAGCACUCGAGGCGUUUCUAUCUGGCCUGUGGGGUUUGUAGGCGGCCGAGCGUAUGAGCGCCCCCUGGUGUCCGGGGGUAAAGUGGUGGGCUGGUACACCGGCUGGAGGCCAGACCGACCGUUUGCAACCGACAUGGCAGGUUUUGCCGUGAACCUCCAGGUGAUCCUGGCGAACCCGCGUGCUCAGUUCAAGCGCCGAGGAUCCCAGCCGGGGAUGCAGGAGUCCGACUUCCUCCGGCAGAUCACCAAGGUUACGGAGCUGGAGCCUAAAGCCAAUAACUGCACCCGGGUGCUGGUUUGGCACACCCGCACAGAGAAACCACACCUUGCAAAUGAGCCCAAACAUCGGAAGGACACUGUGGUCAUUGAGGUCUGAGAGGAAGAAAGAGAGCAAAGAGCAGCAGGGGAUUAUAAAAAAAAAAAAAAAAAUUAAAAAAAAAAAAAAAAACAGAAACUGAUUGUGGCUGCCCAUCAUCUUCUGGCUGGGACUCAUGACAGCACCCUGCUUUCCCUCCUUAUCAGGUUAAUACAAUCUGUUCAUGGCGGACAGAGACUCCGAGGAGUUGCAUGACUCAAGACUUCUGGCUGUCUGUCAAAAUGUGCUUUGUGAGAACUGGACGGAACUGACUAUUAUUCAAUCUGGGACUCAUCAUUUCCUCCAUCCAUGACUUGUUGAUGUGAAAAACUAAAGUGUAAUUGUAAAAAUUGUCAAUCAAAAGUGCCACGUGAAUCAUUUUUAAUCAUUCGUACAUUGCACAUUGGUUACUUCAUAAUACAUCUUUGCUAAAUUAACAUUGGUAGCAUUGGAUUGCAAAACCAGGUUUGUCAUCCAGACUAGUAGUGAGUGUCUUAUGAGCUGUACUGUGAUUUCUAGUAUUCCUCAAAAUGACUGAAAACUAAGACUUAUUUGCUUUGCUUUCCAAGAGUUAAAGUACUUCAGCCACUUUUUGGUUAUGUAGGUAAAGUCCAGCAUUACGUCAGGAUGUGGUUAUCUUGGUUUAGCAUUAAGACAGUCGUCAGUUUAAAAGGGUCAUUUGUAAUUUUGAGAUUUUAUCGCUCACUGACAAAAUUCUGAAGCUUGUUGUUUACAUUAUGUCGAUUAUAUAAUUAUCUAUCAUCUUAAAACUAAAACACCUAUCGCCUAUGGUCUACAUCAGAGCUCGCUUAUCCAAGAUUCUAGCAA